UUUGUGACUGAGUUGUGAGUACUUAAAGAAUGUUGUGGUGACCGCUAUGUUGACCACGUUGAGUGCUACGUUAUACCCGCCGGAUAAUUGUUUGUCGAGCUACAAACUGGUACAUCUUCUGGUGACGCGGAUUACAGCGCGCGCGGCGCAGCGGGAGGCCAGCAAGGCCAAGGAGAGCGGGCAGGGCGCCGGCAACCAGCUGGAGCUGGGCGCGCCGCGCUCGGGGCCCUACUUCGACAAGGUGGCCUCCAAGAACGUGACGGCGCUGCUGGGCAAGACGGCCUACCUCAACUGCCGCGUCAAGAACCUCGGCAACAAGACGAUGGUGUUCCAGGUGUCGUGGGUGCGCCAUCGCGACAUCCACCUGCUGACGGUGGGCCGCUACACCUACACCAGCGACCAGCGCUUCCGCGCCAUCCACCACCCGCACAGCGAGGACUGGACGCUGCAGAUCAAGUACCCGCAGCACCGCGACACGGGCAUGUACGAGUGCCAGAUCAGCACCAACCCGCACAUGAGCCACAUGAUUCACCUGGAGGUGGUCGUCGGCCCAAACAGUGGGUAA